GGGAGCGCUCUGAGCUGGCGCACUGUCCAACACACUCCUGGACGUGCCACACACACAGAAGGAGCAGGGAGAGGACUUUUCAGAACGUAUCUAGAGUGGAUCCUGGGACUAUAGCUGAAAACUCUGUGGUCCAGGAUGAACUUUGCCGCCCAGUUCAUCUACGCCAACUACGUCGGUGAUGGAUCGCCCAGCAGAGUGGGAUUCAACGACAGUGAGAAUGACCCCUUCUGGCAGAGCGAGGAUCAGCGUCUUGGGCCAACUAAACAGGGCUGCUCCACCUCCUCCAAGAGUACCUGCAACAAGGACGCCCCCGUCUGUAAUGGGGUUGAAGGCUGGAGGCCCACCCUCAUCCACCCGGAGCGCCUGAAGGACUUUGGUAUUGAGGAGGAGGAGUGCCUCAAUGGGGAAGUCAAGACCUUCGAGACCAAGGUGGUGGGCGCCCCUGAGAUCCAGCUAAUGGACCCACCCAAGACUAACAAGAAGAGAGGCAGCGAGCGCAAAGCAGUCGCACCACCCAAGCCUGAGUACCUUAGCUUCGAGGACAUCAGUGCUGCAGCCAUCAAAAUCCAGUCAGGGAUGCAGAAGACCCCCUGCACGUACUCCAGACUGUCCAAACAGUAUGGCAUGGAGAUCUUCCUAAAGAAGGAGCACCUCCACUACACAGGCUCAGUGAAGGAGAGAGGCGUUCUGUACCUACUCACCUCCCUCAACCAGGAGCAGCAGAAGAAGGGAGUGAUCGUGGCUACAGACUGUAGCUUCUCCAUGGCCGUGGCCCACCAUGCGGUGGAGUUGAGGAUCCCAGUGUUUGUCAUCAUGCCAGCCAGCUGUGCCCAGCCCCACCUCAGAAUAUACCGAGACUAUGGCGCAAUGGUCAUCUCCUACGGUAGUACCGCCAGGGACUCCCUGAACCAUGCCCGCCACCUGGCCAAGGAAAAUGGAUACCUCUGCCUGGAAGAGGAUGAUAGUGCUCUGUACUUGGCAGGGCUGGGCACAGUAGGCAUGGAGAUCUAUGAGCAGGUGCCCAAACUAGAUGCAGUCAUUGUGUCCACUGGUGGGCAGUGUAGUCUACUGGUUAGCACAGCAGCAGCCAUCAAACACCUCAACUCACGCAUCACUGUCAUAGGAGUUGAACCAGAAGGAUUCCCACUGCUACUACAGUCCCUCAAAACAGGCAGCCCAGUGACUAGUGAACGUUACAGCAUCCCCAACAAGAAGCUUUAUGGAGAUAUAUUUGAGCACUCACUGGGGACACACACCUUCCAGCUGGCUAAGACAUUUGUGGACAAAGUCAUUACUGUCAGAGAGGAGGACUCUCUGGUAGCCAUGCUGAGGUUCCAGGAGUUUGAACGCUCCACAGUAGACACAGAGGGAGCCAUGGGACUAGCGGCCAUCUUGGCUGGGCAACUACCAGAGCUAAAGGGCAAAAGGGUAGCUGUGGUGGUGAGCAGUGCUAACAUGGAGUUGGACCUGAUCAGACAGUGUGUUGACCGCGCCCUGAUUCUGGAUGACCGCGUCAACAAGUUUACAGUGCAGCUGGGGGACUUUCCGGGGGACAUGGCCAAGCUACUGGACAUGCUGGCAAGAGAGGACAUCAAGUUGUUGGAUGUUUGCCACCGGAGAUACAGUGACAGAGGCGAUCUCUUCAAGGCCCAGGUGGAGUGUGUAGUGGAGACCAGGGAUAAAACACAGAGCACUCAGCUCCGCAGGACACUGUCUGAGCGCUACCCCACACUACGCUGGCUGGAGCGGUGAUCAACACUUGUCAUGGCUCUCAAUCUGAACACCCACACACACACGGACAAAGCAUGUACACGCAUGUACAUACACACCCACAAUGAAACAGAAACAUUGUGAAUAUAUAUGCAAACUAACACAAAAUACAUGCAUUGAAAUCUUUGCUGCAGAGAGGAGAUACAAUUAAAUACUGGAAUAUAUGGCAUUUACUGCAUAUACUGCUCUGAUGAGAAAACAAUACUUUCACCCAACACUUCUGUUAUUAGGGAGCUCAGGGGGUACUUUUGGGCCAGUUGCACGGACACAGAUUAAGCCCAGCUAGUCCUGGACUAAAAAUCUAUUUCUAUGGAGAUUCUCCAUUGAGCAUACUUUUUAGUCCAGAACCAGGCUUAAUCUGUGCCUUGGAAACAGGCCCGUUGAGUGUGAUAAUGAUUAACAUUAACAUUCCAGUGAGUCACGCCAGUGCAUUAGCUACUGUCCGACAUAGUCUACUCAUGGUUAGCCCCUAGUUAGGAGCUAGCGUUUUGAUGUGGUUCCUCCUUACAAACCACUACUGUUGCACUGAGAGAAAAAAUAACACAUUAAGUAUACAGUAUUUUCAAUACAGAUUGUUUUUGAAUUGUUGUACAUAUCUAUAUUUAUAACAACAGCGGUAGUGACAAUCAAAACUAAUAUGUUCUGGAAAUAAAAG